AUGAAAGCUGAAGCAUGUGUGGAGGCUCAGCGCGGCACGGCGCUCCUCUCUGACAUGGACGCGCUGGAGAAGAGCGCUGACGAAAACGCCCGCCGCCUAGAGCUGCAACUUGAGGAUGUGAAAGAGGAAGCGCUACACGCAGAAUAUUGCUUGGCAGCUGUCGAUGCUGAGGUAAAGCAAACGCAAGGGGAAAUCGUCCAAUUGCGGCAGAAUGGCUGCGAGAAGGCGAAGAAGUUGGAAAAGCUCAAUGAGGCAGUGGAGGCCCUGGUGGCCAACAGCCGCGCCCAAUGGACAUCCAGCGAGGCGGCGGCGCACGACCGGCAGAAGCAAGGUAUCUUUCAGGCCAGUGAGAAGCUGCCUUAUCGGGUGGAAGAGCCGGAGGACGAGGGUGCCAACCCAG